UUAUUUAGGGAAAUCAAAGGGGAGAGCUGGAAGAGAGAACAAAAGAGGAAAGCUUUGGGCUGUGUUUGAGGACAAUUGCGCUGCGGUAGACACAGAAGAAGAAGAUACGGUAAACAAACGACUAAGCCACAGCAGCCGCCAACGCAACUCACCACAACCAGACAUGGCUAUGCAAGCCGGUGUCUCCACCUCCAAAGUUCUCAUCCUCGCUGGUGCAGGUUUGACUAGUUCGAUUAUAUUGAGAAAUGGGCGAUUGUCUGAACUCAUUGCCCAGCUUCAAGAAUUGCUCAAGGGUGUUGAUGAAGUUGAGAUCGCAUCCUACAAAUACGAUAGUGCACUUCUUGCUGCUCAGAUUCGUCAAUUGGCACAAGAGAUUAAGGAGUUAACACUAUCCAAUCCUGUGACCAUUUUUAAUGGGAAUGCUUCUUCUAGUGGGAGUUUUGCUUCUUAUUUAGUACCAGCUGCUGCACUAGGGGCAAUGGGAUAUUGUUACAUGUGGUGGAAGGGCUUGUCGUUUUCUGAUGUAAUGUUUGUAACGAAGCAAAAUAUGGCAAGUGCUGUUGCAUCUGUGUCUAAACAAUUGGAAAAUGUCUCUGAAACAUUGGCUUCAACAAAGAGACAUCUGACAAAGAGGCUGGAAAAUUUGGAUUGGAAGGUGGUGGAGCAGAUAGAAACUUCUAAGCUGAUUGCUAAUGAUGUUGAUGAGAUGAAAACAAACCUUUCACAAAUCGGAUAUGAUGUGGAGAUAAUCCAUCAAAUGAUAUCUGGGUUGGAAGGAAAGCUUGAGCUUCUUGAGAACAAACAGGAUGCUACAAACUCAGGACUCUGGUAUCUUUGCCAGUUUGCUGGAGGCUUUAAAGAUGGGCCUGGUGCAAAAAUUCAACAGGAAGUAGGUGUUAAGCUAGCAAACUAUUCAGCAGUGACAUAUGAGGAUAUGUCUACCAAGGGCCUUCGAUUUAUUGCUGAAGCUAAAGAGUUGGAUACAAGUGACAAAUCAAUGGAACACAUGAAGAAAAAUGAUCUUGAUAUCGUACCUGGUGAAAAAAUCAAACCCAUUAAAACAAGAAUACACAGGUCAUAUCCAGUUGGGUUAUCUUUGGCCCGCGACUUAAUAGGUUCUGGUGUAUGAUUAUUUUGGUUCUCUACUGCACGUAAAUAUUUUGAUUUUCCACAGACGCCCUUUGGUGUUUGCAUUCACUUGCAUGCUAUGCGCAUGGUUCUUAAGAUUGUAUUGAUUCAACAUUCAGAAAUGUCUUCUAGAUUUAGAUUUGCUGUAGGAGAUGUUUUCCUUGGCUGCUAAAGAAAGCACUCAGGGAGUGUAUGUUGUCAUAUUGUAGCUACCAGUGUUACACAUUUGACAAUAAGAAGACAGUCAUUUGAAUGGCUGGUGAUACUCUUCACAAUCUUAACUAUAAAAAUGCGAUUUGUUGAAUGCUUUCAUGAGAA